AUGCAUGUAAAAAUUUUCACUUUUCCCUCAAAAAAACAGGAGCGUGCCGAGGCCGAAUUAGAGCGCCUCAGGCAACAGAUAUCAGAGAAAGAGCGCGAAUUAGAAGAAUUGAAACCUAAAUACGAAGAGAUGAAGGCGCGCGAAGAGGAAUGUACGCGCGCUCUCGCACUGAACCAGCAGAAACGGCAGGAAUUGUAUGCUAAGCAGGGCAGAGGCACACAGUUCACGUCAAAACAGGACCGGGACCGCUGGAUCGAGAAGGAACUCAAGUCCCUAAACAAGCAAAUCAAAGACAAGAAAGACCACGAGGGCAAACUUCGAGAGGACCUACGCCGCGAUGGCACAAAACUGACGGAGCUGGAGAAACGGAUUGAGGAGAUGACGAAAGAAAUGGAAAGACAGCGCGUGGCCAUCGACGAGCACAACAAACAGUACUACGAGUGCAAGAAGAGGAAAGACCAGGAGCAGAGUGCGAGGAACGAACUUUGGCGCAAGGAAACUACGCUGACGCAAAAUCUGUCGUCAUUGAAAGAAGAUUUGGCCAAAGCGGAUCAAGCUCUUCGCUCUAUGGCCGGAAAGAACAAGAUGACAUGA